UUUCAAUUUUCACUCUCACAUAACUCACUAAAAAGGGUUUAAAGCCUUUUUCUUUCCCAAACCCUCUCUCUUGCCUUUUUCAUCCAAAUUAGAAUUUUGAGUCUCCCCUUCAAGUUAAUGCAUAUAAAAAUUUGUAAAGACUCAAGCUUUCAAGUUACACAUCGUUUUCUCGUUUCAUAAUUCAUCUGGGUCAUUGUCUACUUGUCCCAGUUUCAGUGAAAUCAUAAAAGGGUCCGUGUGAGUGUGUUGUGAAGAGGGUUCUUCUUUAUGUACUUUAUUUUUUGAUUUAGUUACAAAACCCCAUUUGGAAAAAGUUAAGAUUUUUGGGAAUUUGAGUGAAGUAAGGAAGAAAAGGAUGAUUCAGUUGUUGUUUUUAGUGAUUUUUGCGGAGGGGGUUAUGGCUUUUCUUAUGUUGGUAAAGAUAGGUCCAUUGAGGGAUCUUGUGAUGAAGAGCUUGGAUCAGCUCAAGAUGGGGAAGGCUCCAGCUACGGUUAAAACUAUUGCAGGCACAAUGUUUGUGAUUUUGCUUUCAAGCCUUAUGAGUAUUGUUAAGAUCCAGAACAAAGGUGCUAAGCUUGGUACUAUGUCGCCUAUGGAUCAAGUUCUUUGGAGAACUCACUUGCUUGAGGCUUCACUCCUUGGUUUUACAUUAUUCCUCGGCUUCCUAAUUGACCGAAUGCACCAUUAUCUCCAAAAACUUAUUAAUUUAAGGAGUAACAUGGGAGCUUCAAAAGAAGAAGUGGAUAAUCUUAAAAAAGAAACCGUCGAGCUCAAAGAAAAGGAAGAGAAAGCUUCAAAGGAGAUAAAGCAGCUGAAGAAAGAACUUUCAACUCUAUCAGAAGGUAUGAAGAAGGUAAAGAUGGAAUCUGAAGAGAAAGACAAGAGAGUUGAGACGGCCGAAGCUCACGUUGCUUCCCUCCAAAAACAAGCUGCAGAUUUACUACUUGAAUAUGACAGACUCUUGGAAGACAACCAAAAUCUUCAAGCUCAAGCAAUAGGACGAAAGAGUUGAGGAAAACUUGAAAUAGUUUGAAAAAACAAUGUUUUGAGUAGAGCGAUCCAAUGAGAAUCAUCCCUAGUUUUGUUGCAAAGUCUUCUUUAUUGAACGAAUGAAAGAAGGGUACUUUUUUGGUUCUCCCUGUGAAAGAUAACAGAUUUUGUAGUCCUCUCAGUUUGUUCCACAUUUUGUUAUGAAAUUGGUUCUUAACAAUUGGCGCAAUAGUUGUUCUGCCAUA